AUGACUGGUGCAGAACUGCUGAAGAUGAAUGAGGAAGAUUUCUCUAAAAGUAUCCAGGAAAUGGCAAUCAAGGACCUGAUGGAUACCAUUUCUGAUCUUCAAAAAGAGAUGGCAAAGGAACAGGAGAAUUUUAACUUACUGAGUUCAGAAUUGAAGAACUUCAAGGACCGCAACUCAAGGCAGUACAAACAGAUAUCUAAAGACAUGGUUGCCUCCCAGCAUCGUUUGACGUUGCUGAUGAAUAGAAGCAUAAAAUGUUUUGCACAGCAAAACAUACACAACAACAGCGACUCGCCUCUCAAGAGAAGAAACUCGGCAAAAGGUCUCCCGCAUGCAGCAACACCUGCUUCAGCAUUGUCUAAUUUACAUAGAAGUAAAUCCUUGCUUGCCGUCAAUCAAACAGAUGGAUCCCAUCUGCCAUCUUCCUUUCAGUCACCCAUCAAGCCACCCGCAGUGGAUCCCGGGACUGCUGCCUACAGCAGUUCGAACACCACUCACGUUCCAGUCAUAAUGAGUACCUCGAAGCAUGGAACACUUAAAAAGACGACUGAAGCCGGCGUUAACAGUAGCGUUAAUGAUAGAAGUAAGCAGGUGAAUUCUUCUGCAGAUGCUGCGUAUUCUAGUAAGGAAAAUAAUCAGCAGGCAAUAUCUGAAAACCGAGGGAUGGCUGAAUCUA